UCGAGGCGCGCAAGUUGUGUAUACUAUACUCCGUGUACAACUAUACUGCAAUAGUAUACCGCCAAUUGUGUACAAGUAUACAGCAUGGCUCUGAUUUUGAAGGCGGCUUGGCAGGGAUAUCGAUAUGUUUUUGAAGAGCUUACAGACCCUAGAACAAACACAUGGUUCCUCGUCGCCCGGCCCUACCAAGGGUUGACCCUUCUCGGGCUCUACCUUAUGUUUGUGCUCAAAUGGGGCCCAGCCUACAUGAAGAACCGACCGGCCUUCAAUCUGGAGAAGGUCCUCAUUGUGUACAAUGCGUUACAGGUGUUGAUUUGUGCACGGAUAUUCAUAGGGUCUCUAAUCUACGCCUGGGCCUUCGACUACCAAUGGCUAUGCGAGCCAGUGGACUUCUCAACAGACGAGAAGGCGAUGCGGAUUGCCCGCUACGUGUAUUCUUACUUCCUUGUCAAGAUCCUCGACUUGGCAGAUACCGUCUUCUUCGUCCUCCGCAAGAAGAACAGUCACGUGUCGUUCCUACACGUUUACCAUCACACUGGCAUGGUUAUGCUGACGUGGGGCGCUGCUACAUACUUCCCAGGAGGCCAUGCGUUGAUCGGGGUGAUCAACUCUUUCGUCCACGUCGUCAUGUACGGGUACUAUCUCCUCACAGUCGCUGUGCCUAGUAUGAAGGAAUCUAUGUGGUGGAAGAAAUACAUUACGCAGAUGCAAAUCUUGCAGUUCCUUAUGAUCGUAGUUCACAUGGCGACCCUGGUUUGGAAGACAGACUGCGCGUACCCACGUUGGAUAGCAGCCGUUUUUCUACCCCAGAACCUCUUCAUGCUCAUACUCUUCAUAGACUUCUACAUAAAAGCGUACAUCAAACCUAAAGCUAAAGUGAACGGUGUUCAAACGGUAGUCUCAAGAAUGGUCAUAGUAAUGGCGUCAGUCUUAAAAAUGGGACGAACGGUGUUCAUAAAAAGAUAGAAUAAAUUUAAGUUAGCUUAAGUUAGCUUAAGUUAGAAUAAUUUGCAAAUGUAGUGCAUAUUACAUUCAAAUAUUUAAAUAUGCAGACGUAGGUACUCGUACAGUCAACCAAUUAGAACCCUAGGCCACUCUACAACCAUGUCAAAAUGACAAGCAGUAAGAGAUUUCUCACAAUCUGAUUUAUAACGUCACUAUGACGUAGUUCUACAGUGGCCUAGGGUUCCAAAUGGCUGCCUGUACUCACGUUAAUACAAUCUAGCUGCAGACUCGUGCAUGACAAACAUGUCGCCAAUCAUGAUUAUAUUAACGAAAUUAAAGGUGCUUUUACACGGCACAAUUGCCAGCAAUUAGAAUAAGAAAAUAGCUACAAUUUUAUCAUUUACUGUGACUUCCACACUAGGCAAAACCUGUGUCGCGGAUGUCCGGUUACUUAAGACAGUUUAACAAAAAUGAUUCGGCUAUUGACAUACAUUAAAAAGGAAAAUCAAAAAUGAAAUUCUGAAUGUAACAAAAAUCUAACAAUUUGAGACUAUACAAUUUUAUAAAAGAUAGCUAAAAUUCACAUACAAUUGCCUCGUUUGUUCAAUACGCACCAACUAACUAUGAAGUAAAAGCGGCAAUGGUAUGUGAAUUGCUGGCAAUUGUGUUGCCCGUGUAACAGCACAUUAACGUGAGUAUGACACAACCGUAUAUUUAAAUAUAUGUAAUACGUAUUGUUUUCCAUCGUAUUUCUUUAAUAAUACGAAGGCAAACAUUACGCACAACAUCUUCAGUAAGUAAGAUAUUUGUGCCAAUCUCAAGCAAAAGGUAUAAAAUAAAUAUCAGCAUGCAUAGGCGCCCUAAGUACGUUUUCACAUUAUCCAAUCAGAAUAUAUCGGAUGUCGGAAGGAUUUCUAAGGUAAAAAUCAAAGAUGGCGGCUUAAAUGUAUGGGAUAUCGAUCUUACAUCCGAUAUGAUAUGAAUAAUCCGAAAUGAGUCCGGUAAGAGACAAUGUAGUGCCUUUUACUCGAUAAUGUCACAAAUGGAUCCCUUAUUUCUAAAUUAGUUAUAGUUGUAGUAAUAUCAUUCUUUUAUAUAAAAUAAAUGUAUAUUAAUAGCGAAUUUGAGCCACAAAGAGGCUCCAACUAUAUAAUAACAAAACAAAUUAAAUUAAUAAUAAGAUGAUGUGUAGAUUUAUUGAAUCUAAAGUUUAAUAAGUAUCAUUACCAACCACAUCACGCGCCUUCGUGAAUGAAACGAUCUAAUACCUAGUCGGUUACUAAGUUUUGUUACAAAAGUUUUGACUAGAAACUAGGUAAAGAAACAGAACAUUUGGGGCUGCGGAAUAUACAUGACAUAUUUAUGUGAGUUAUUUUCCUACUAAUAUGACGUCAUACAUGUCAAACACCACCACCACCGACCUCUGGUGAUCAAAUUCUCUGAAUCUUUUAUUGAUCAGUUCAAUGCAUGACAUUGAAUGCAUGUACUUAAAUAUAUUUCUUUCAGAUGAAAUUGUUUACUAUAAGGUUUUGAGUGAAAGCUCCGAACGCAGGAGUUUGCCGUUUGGAAGUCUAUGGAAAACGACGACAUGCUGUUUUUGAAAAAGGACAGCUAGUAAUUUUAAUCUAAUGUUAAUGACCACUCGUUUUCGAUUCUGUUAGUAGAAUUUAAAUCAUUAGUAGUAGAGAUAUUCAAACAUUCAAAAAUCGGCUCCCUGAACUUAGUACAGCCAAGUGUAAAAAUAUGGGUGUACACAUCUUACUAAAAAAUAUGUCGAAUGGCAUCUUGAUGUUGAUGAUUAUAUCCUGUUGUCCCUCAUCAGGGGCAUAGGGCUCUUAAGGAAUGAUUUCCACUGUUCCCGGUCCGACGCGGCCUCCUUCAGCAGGGUUAGCACAUGAUUGGCGCGAGAGUAUGUCGCCGCGAGAUAGACUACCCAUUCUUAUGUCAUUAAUACAGUUAGAAGAAGACGUGUCAUCUAUCUCGCGGCGACAUACUCUCGCGGCAAUCAUGUGCUAGGCCUACAGGCGCGCGCAGCCGAGGCCCACUAGCCGGCGGUUUGCGGGCGACCCCUCCCCCUUAAUCCGGGAAUAUUCCAAGUCAACCCUUGCUUGGACAAGUGGUUUUUUGGCCUUCGUAAGACAUGUCUUGCGCAUGGCAUCAUAGUCCGGUGUAAUAAGAGCGAAGUACCAUAAAUUCAUGAUAUUUUUUUCGACACAUAUUUUUGCACUUGACUGUACGUAACCGACUAGAUAACAAAAAGUGUUAGUAGGUGAAAAGAAUUCAGUAGAAAUUGUGAAAACAUUAUUUAUCACUGAUAAUAAGAAAAUUGCGUCAAAAAUACUCACUUUUGUUUGAAAACAAUUAUUUUUGGCUUUAAGAAGAAUAGUGUACUUACUCGUUUAUUUAUAUAACUUUCUUAACUUAUUUGUAAAAAUAUUAGUAAUACUAUUACUUUAAAUUAAUUUUAUACUAAAUUAAGAUGAUUUGGUACUUUUAUACCGACAGAACUUGCACCUAGUUUCUGUUGAUGUUUAAUAUAAUUUAAUGCUGAAUUUGAAACUAAUGGUGCCAACUAGAGUUAAGUUAAUAAAUAAAGAUAUAAAGAAACAACCAGCUCCAGGAAACCCGCAAAAAUGUUUUUAAGUAGUCAUAAUAUUUUGACUCAAUACCCCAGUAAACCCAACGCUGCGCGCGAGAUCGCGGGUCCGAGUCCCGGCUCGUACCAAUGAGUUAUUCAGGAUUUAAGUAUGUGAGAAAUGUCAUCAUUUGAUAUUUGCCAGUCGCUUUUCGGUGAAGGAAAACAUCGUGAGGAAACCGGACUAAUUCCAAUAAGACCCUUCGGGUUGGAAGGUCAGAUGGCAGUCGCUUUCGUAAAACUAGUGCCUACGCCAAACCUUGGGAUUAGUUGUCAAAGCGGACCCCAGACUCCCACGAGCCGUGGCAAAUGCCGGGAUAACGCAAGGAGGAUGAUUGACUCCAGUAAACUCAGAUCAGAUAAAUAUAUGAUGAAAUAAUUGUGUCAUUCGAAUUUGUGCACUUUUGAUAUUAUUUUAUUGUUUUGUAAGUUACUAGUAGCGUAUAAAAAAAAAAAAACAAUUAUUAAACAAUUUAUUUAUUUAUGUACAACUUGUUGCCAAAAGUAUUUUUGGUAAGUACUUCAUUUCAUCGCUUACUGUACACUCAAGUGUAAUAAAAAUAGGUCUACGAUUCUAUAAGUACAAUAUCACUUACACUGUCUGAUCUGGGAUAUAAUUUAUUAAGUAGGACAUCCUAAUUUAACCAACUUCGGUGGACUCAUAUUUUUACAUUUUAUUGUACUUACCACAGAAAAUAAAUACUCAUAAAGACUACAAUAAAAAUACCAAACACA